GUCCAUGGUCCGUAGUACAUCUUCGUAAAUUGAUAGGCAGUAGUUGAUAUUAAAUUCUUUACUUUAUUACUAGAAAUCAAAUCCAUUACUUAAAGUAUUUGCAUAUUUUUACUUAAACGUUUUUCUAAAUAAUUUGUAAGUAUGGCUAUCAGAACAUGCUGUAUAAUAGGUUGUCAAAAUACGAACAAAAAUACCAGUAAUAUUACUUUUUACUCAUUCCCGGGAAGACCUCAGGAUAAGGAAUUAAAACAAAAAUGGAUAGAAGCCGUAAAUCGUUUAGAGUAUGUAAUUUUAUCAAUAAAUCAGUCUAAUAUAUAAUAUAUAAUAUUUAUAUAUAUAUUAUUAAUUUACAGUGAAUUUGGCAAUUUAUGGCAACCUAAAUCGAGAAGCUAUAUUUGCAGUGCUCACUUUGUCAAUAACCAACGAUCAAGGCUCCCUUUGAGCCCUUCUUACAUUCCAUCAAUUUUUCCAAUAAUUUACAAUAAAACAACAUCAACAUACAAUGGUUCUGGAAGAAAUAGGUUGGUUAGAGACUUUAGUUCGCAAGUUAAUUUCAAUCUGACCAAAGUAUUGACAUUUGGAUGCACAGUUUGUGGUAACAAUGUUUUUACUCAUGUCAAUGUACCUUUAAAUAAUUUGGUUAGUAAAACUUCAACAAAUUUUCAGGUUUCUGUAGCAAAUUUUCCUUUUUUACCAAACUCAAAUUUGUUUCAAUCUUUUUCAACCAAUAGACAAUUAAAAGACUUUACUGGUGUAUCAUUUGGAACUUUCUACAUGUUACUUUCAUUUUUACCAGAGUCUUUAGUAUGUACUUCUAUAAAUAAAGAAAACAGCCUUUUGUUAUUUUUAAUGAAAUUCAAAAUAGGAUUCAAUUAUUCUGCUUUAGGUGUAUUAUUUAAAAUAAACCACCAAACUGCCGCCAACAUUUUUUGUCAGUAUUUAACUUUACUAGUUGAUAAGACAAAACAUAUAAUUACUUGGCCAUCUACAGAUACUGUUUUAGCUACUUUGCCCAAAUGUUUUAAAAAAAAUUAUACUAAUUGUCGAUGUAUUGUUAAUAUUUUUGAGUUAGAAAUGGAAGAGCCUAUAUCAAUCGAGCAAAGAGUGUACACUUAUUUAAGCUGCAAAAAUUACUAUGCUUCCAAGGUAUUAAUAGCGGUGACACCAAGUGAAAUGGUUUGUUAUUUGUCUGAAUGCUUUGGUGGUACCGCAUCUGAUUCAUUGAUUAUAAAUAAAAGUGGUUUAUUCAAUUUAUUAGCACCUGGGGAUUUUGUAAUUGCAAAUAAAGAUUUACUAGGAAUAGAAUCCGAAUAUGGAAAUAUAAAGAGUUUUUCAGUUAGUGAUUCUAAUUUACAUAAUGGAAGACUUCUAAUUAAUGAGGUACUUGAAGCGAAUUCAGUGGAAAGUGUUAAAAGACAUAUUAAAGGGAUCUUUGCUAAAUUAAAAGCAUAUAAUAUUCUAUUAAAAAUACCCACUGAUUUGAUACCGUUUAUUAAUGAUAUUGUACGUAUUUGCUGUGUACUAUAUAAUCUUGAAAUUCCAAUUAUAAUUGAUUAA